UGUUUGCGCUCCAGCCCGCGAGCGGCCGGGCGGCUUCACUAGCGCUCGGCUACCGCGGCGGCUGCAACCCGAGCCGAGGCAGAGCAGAGGCCCGCGGGGAGAGACGAGUUGCACCCCGGGGUCCCGGUCUCAGGCGGCGUGGCCCGCGGGUGAUGGCCAAAGGAGAGGGCGCCGAGAGCGGGCCCGCGGCGGGACUGCUGCCCACCGGCAUCCUCCAAAGUGGUGAACGCCCGGCCCAGGUGAAGAAAGAGACAAAGAAGAAACAACAGUUGUCAAUUUGCAACAAGCUGUGCUAUGCAGUUGGGGGAGCCCCCUACCAAGUGACAGGCUGUGCCCUAGGAUUCUUCCUACAGAUCUACCUGUUGGAUGUGGCUCGGGUGCACCCUUUCUCUGCCUCUAUCAUCCUAUUUGUGGGCCGAGCUUGGGAUGCCGUCACAGACCCACUGGUGGGCUUCUGCAUUAGCAAAUCAUCCUGGACCCGCCUGGGCCGCCUCAUGCCCUGGAUCAUCUUCUCCACACCCCUGGCCAUCAUUGCCUACUUCCUUAUCUGGUACGUGCCUGACUUCCCACAGGACCAGACCCUGUGGUAUCUGCUUUUCUACUGCCUCUUUGAAACACUGGUCACGUGUUUCCAUGUUCCCUACUCAGCUCUCACCAUGUUCAUCAGCACCGAGCAGAGUGAGAGGGACUCUGCUACUGCAUAUCGGAUGACUGUGGAGGUACUGGGCACAGUGCUGGGCACCGCAAUCCAGGGGCAAAUCGUGGGCCAAGCGAAUACACCUUGCCAGAACUCAAAUGGCUCUACAGUGACCUCGGAAGGUAUCAAUCGCACACACAGCACCACCUCCCUCAAAGAAACGCAAAAUGCAUAUCUGCUGGCAGCAGGAGUGAUUGCCUCCAUCUAUGUUUUCUGUGCUGUCAUCCUGAUCCUGGGUGUGCGGGAACAGAGAGAACCCUAUGAAGCUCAGAGGGCUGAGUCAAUGUCCUUCUUUCGGGGUCUCCGGUUGGUCAUGAGCCACGGCCCAUAUAUCAAACUUAUCGCUGGCUUUCUCUUCACCUCCCUAGCUUUCAUGCUGGUAGAGGGGAACUUCGCCUUGUUCUGCACCUACACCUUAGGAUUCCGCAAUGAAUUUCAGAAUCUGCUCCUGGCCAUCAUGCUCUCAGCCACAUUCACCAUUCCCAUCUGGCAAUGGUUCCUAACCCGGUUUGGCAAGAAGACAGCUGUAUAUGUUGGGAUCUCCUCAGCAGUGCCUUUUCUGGUCUUGGUGGCCCUCAUCGAGAGUAACCUGAUUGUCACAUACAUAGUCGCUGUGGCUGCCGGCAUCAGUGUAGCAGCUGCCUUCUUACUACCCUGGUCCAUGCUGCCCGAUGUCAUUGAUGACUUCCACUUGAAGCAGCCGCAGUCCCAUGGAACCGAGCCCAUCUUCUUCUCCUUCUACGUCUUCUUCACCAAGUUUGCCUCUGGUGUCUCCCUGGGCAUCUCCACCCUCAGUCUUGACUUUGCCGGAUACCAGACCGGUAGCUGCUCCCAGCCGGCAGGUGUCAAGUUUACUUUGAAGAUGUUGGUGACCAUGACUCCCAUAGUCCUCAUCCUGCUGGGCCUGCUGCUCUUCAAACUAUACCCUAUUGAUGAGGAGAAACGGCGGCAGAACAAGAAGGCCCUGCAGGCUCUGAGGGAAGAGGCCAGUAGCUCGGGCUGCUCGGACACGGACUCUACAGAGCUAGCAAGCAUUCUCUAGCACCUGAUGAAUUGCCUGAAACCACAUCCACAGGACCUGGGAUUGCAGGCCACAUGAGGCAUCUGGCAUGCUUGCCCGCUCGAUGACAGUUGGUCUCCAGGUGCCAGGAAAGGAGCCAAAGAGUGAGCAGUCCAGAAGACCUCCUGUGCCCACCGUGGAGCUGGCCGAUCAUACCGCCACACGCCGCCCCUCAACCCGAUGUAGGGCUGAGCCUAGGGGCUGCUACUGUGAAUAUGCCAAGGACUGAUGGGGCUAGGCCCAGAACACUAAUAUAGAAAUGUUUUUUACAGAGACUAAUUCAUAACUUAAUGACCAUGUACAUAGCAAUGUGUGUGUAUGUUUAUGUCUGUGAGCUAUUAAUGUUAUUAAUUUUCAUAAAAACUGGAAAACAGAA